AUGCUUGCUCACCAUCUCUCUGUUCGAGCUCUUCUCACACCACUCAGCAGAGUUACCAAGGACCUUCGGACUUUUCGCGCCUAUUCGGCAGGCCUCGAUAGAAUGUCUGCCCCAUAUACCCCCCAGGAUGGGCAAGCCGUGUCCAGUGUGGUGCGCGCUCUAGACAACGCCCGAAAGGAUAAGAAACGCAGCGGAUUUGCCGUUAAGAAGACAACUUUCGACGUCAAAGGAUCAUCUGAUGGGAUCCAAGUCGAUUCAUGGCGCUUACAGGACUGGGACUACAAGCGACGUGACUUGCCAACCUACGCCCGUGGUCUUUUCACCACCAGAACACGACGAAAUGAAACAGAGAUUGCCGUGAGAGGCUACGACAAGUUCUUCAAUGUCAACGAGGUUCAUGAAACCAAGUGGGAGAACAUCUUUUCGCGGACUCAAGGUCCUUACGAGUUAACGCUUAAGGAGAACGGCUGCAUUAUUUUUAUUGCUGGACUAGAAGACGAUACAUUGAUCGUCUGCAGCAAGCAUUCGACAGGUGACCGAGACGAUAUCCAGGUCAGCCAUGCUAGUGCGGGUGAGAAGCGCCUGGAAGAGCAGCUGGCUGCUGUUGGAAAGACAAAGGCAGACUUGGCCCGGGAACUCCGCAAAAGAAAUGUGACUGCUGUUGCCGAGCUCUGCGACGACGAGUUCGAGGAGCAUAUCUUGGCAUACGGCCCUGAUCAGGCUGGCCUGUAUCUUCAUGGCAUCAACCUCAACCUGCCUGAGUUUGCCACCUACCCAAGCCGUUUCGUCCAAGAGUUUGCGGAUCAGUGGGGAUUUCGAAAAACCGGACUUAUCACUAUGGACGACAUCAACCAGGUAAAGACGUUCCUUGAAGAGGCAGCUGAAACAGGAGCCCACGACGGCCGAGAUGUCGAGGGAUUUGUUAUCCGCUGCAAGAUGACCCACGACCCAGCAGCCAAGCCAUACAGCGACUGGUUCUUCAAGUACAAGUUUGAGGAACCAUACUUGAUGUACCGACAAUGGCGAGAGUGCACCAAAGCCCUGAUUUCUGGCAAGCAACCAAAGUUCAAGAAACACACUAAAAUCACCGAAGAGUAUCUGUUGUAUGCCCGGAGACGACUUGCCGCAGAUCCUAAGCUCGGAAAGGAUUAUAACAGCAACCACGGAAUCAUUGCAUUACGUGAAGACUUCUUGAAAUUUAAGAACUUGAACGGUGCUGAUGCCGCCAACAUGGGCGAGCUAGACCCUCUCGUUAUGCCAGAAGUCACCCGCGAUGUGAUUCUGUGCCCCAUCGCCACUAUUGGUUGCGGCAAGACUACAAUUGCCAUGGGCCUCUCGCACCUGUUUGGCUGGGGUCACGUUCAGAACGACAACAUCUCUGGCAAGGGCCGUCCUCCGCGGUUUACGAAGAUGGUAUUGGACGAGCUCAAGGACCAGCCUGCUGUAGUCGCAGACCGGAACAAUGCACAAAGGCACGAACGCAAGCAAAUCAUCAUGGACGUGAAGCUGCAGCAUUCUACAGCGAAGCUUGUCUGCCUGAACUUUAAGCAUGAUGAGGAAACGAUAGAUGAGAUCCGACGAGUUACCCAAGAAAGAAUCGUUGCACGUGGAGACAACCACCAGACUAUCCACGCAGCAAGCGACAAGGAGAAAUUCAUUGGCGUAAUGGAGGGUUUUAUCAACCGAUUCGAAGCUUGUAACCCGCACACUCGACCUGACGAUGGCUUCGAUCUUGUUAUUGAUCUUGAUCCCACAGCUGGCAGCCGUCAGAAUCUCGAAACUGUAGUAACAGAACUACAUAAGGUCUUCCCAAAUCUUAUCAAGCAGACGCCAUCCCCUCAGGCGUUUGAUGAUGCAAUUGAUUUUGCUCUCGGGUACAAGCCAGAUUUCAGGCAUGACAUACCUGAUCGGGGUAACAAGAACAACCAAAAGCAGCAGAAGCAACAGCCUAAGACGCAGAAGCCAAGAAAGAUGGAAUACAUGUCUAUUAAUAUCCCGACACAAGAGGUCGUCGCUGCCCUCGAUCAAGCAUUUAAAACAAUCCCGCCAUCAACUUCCCGACUUUACACACAACUCAAACAAACACGACGUGUACAAGCAAAGUUUCAUGUCACCUUACUUCACAAGGCCGCAGUUAAGGAGCACGCUGGGUUGUGGGAAAAGUAUGCUGCCAUCCAAAAGGACGCAGAGGCUGCUGGCAACCCCGAAGGACAGGUUGGCGAAUGCGAUGUAAUGCUCGAACGAGUUGUGUUCGACGAUCGGAUCAUGGCAAUUGUGGUUCGCCUUGCAGAUGAAAACGAUCAAUGGCAGUGUGUGAACCGUGUCGCUCACAUCACAGUCGGAACUCGGGAUGAUUCAGUGAAGCCCAAAGAAAGCAACGAUCUUCUGACCAAGUGGUUAGAAGUUGGCAGUUCCCCCGAAACUCGGAUCGGCGAGGUCGUGUUUGCAGAGAAACCGACACUCAAGGGGACGGUGAAGCCCGUUUUGAGCAAGUAUUAA